AUGGGAGAGCCAAUGGUGCUGCUGGAGCUGCAGGUGAGGCUGCUGGUGGAGGAAGCGGCGGCCGGCCUGGAAAACGAGCGGCGAAUUGAGUCCCAUUACUUCCUCAUGGACCGCAGUUUCUUCGACAGCACAGACGAUAUCUGGGGCCACAUUUGCCGCCCGCUCUGCGCUAACAGGACCGGCAACACCGCCGUCGCCUGCCUGGAGAGCGCCGCCUCGAGUCUGUGCAGCUCUAUCCAAAGCCACGCCCUGGAGUUGCUGGCCAGCCCGGACGUCGGUGCCGACGUCGACGUUAUCCAGGCGACGUGGGGAAUAGAAAUCAAGGCGCAGCGCCUUGCAGGCGAGGCAGCGGGGCCUGGGCCAAGUACUCCGGCAUCGACGUCGUCGACGACGGCCCCAGACGGUGAUUGGGAUGGCGAGAAGGUGUGCGCAGUCUGCAUGGAGAAGAUAAGCGCAGGCGAGCCGACGGCCAUCUUGCCUUGCUCGCACCAGUACCAUGAAGGCUGCAUCCUUGGAUGGCUUGAGCAGUCCAGGACUUGCCCACUCUGUAGGUCCAUGAUUCCGGCUUCCGGCUGGUUCGCCUCUACCUUCAAUGUUUGCUCCAGCGACGCCGUCUCCGUGUAG